GUUACUAACGACAUUGCCGGAUUUCAAAAUCGCAUGGGCAUAUUAUUCUUUAUGUGUGCUCUUCUUGGAUUUGGAUGUUUGAGUUCUCUAAAUGCUAUGCUUGUUAACGAAGUUGUAUACCUUCAACUGACGGAAGAGAAAUAUGGACUUCAAAUAGAU